UUCAUAAGAUGCAGAUGUCCCACAGACCUGUGCAGUGGCUCGCUGUCAUGCUUCUCGUUGUUUUUACAGCUGCUCGGUGUCAACAGAACGAGAGCCGUCGAGCUGUGAGCGAGCACCAGCUGAUGCACGACCGCGGCCGAAGCAUCCAGAGUCUCAAGAGGCUCAUCUGGCUGUCCAGCGCCAUCGAGGGUCUCCACACUGCCCAGACCCGCUCUACUUUCAACCCCACAAAGACCCUGAACCUGGCUCUGAAUCCAGCGCUGGUGUCUGGGGCCGGGAGCCCACAGCCCCCCCGGGUUCAGAGCCUCCUGAGAGACUUCUUUAACCCUUACCUGACUCAACAGUCAGACAGGGAGGCCUAA